GAUGAGACCAACCAUGGUCAUGGCACGCUCUGCUCUCAAGAUUAAGCUUGUGCUGCUGCUCUGCGCAGCAGCAGCAGCAGCGGCGGCGUCCGGCGACGUGGUUACCUACAGCUUCCCCGCCUUCGACGCCACAAGCACCGACCAAUUCCUGGUGGCCACCAACUCGUCCAUCCUCGCGCCGGCCUCCCUCGUCUUCGGCUCCCCGUCGCUCCUCUUCCCGGGGUUCAACCGCUCCGAGGGCUUCCUGCUCCUCUUGCGGACCGUCCACGUCUGGCGCGCCGGCGCCGGCGGGAUCCCUGACCGCGAGGCCUCCUUCAACACCAGCUUCACGCUGAGCGGCGCCUCGCCCGUCGCGUUCGCCAUCCUCCAAGACAGCUUACCGCCGUUCAACGGCCCGGACGGCCUCCGCGGCGCUGCCAACUACAGCUCGUUCGACGAUGCUGCCUCUGGCAGCCUCGCGUCCGUCGAGGCCGGCGCGGUGAGGUCGUACGGCCCAGAGAACACGGCCGUUGGCCUCAACGUCACCGUCACGCCCAACCGCACUGCGCCGAGCAGAACAGUGUGGAUCGAGUACGACGCCGCCGCGCACCGCCUGUCUGUGUACAUCGCCGGCGCGGGGCAGCCGAGGCCGCCCAAGGCCCUCCUCGACACGCCGCUCGGCCUCAGCGGGCGCCGCACCACCGAGACCGCGUUCGUCGGCUUCUUCGCGGCCACGAUCCAAGACAUCAUCGUCGGCGUCCGUGACUGGGACCUGACGGUUGACAGGAUCGAUGGCGACGGGAAGAAGGGCACCUCGUGGUGGGUGAUACUAGUCGCGGUGCUCGGGUCGGUGGCUGCCACGGCCGCCAUCGUCUCUGCGGUGGUGUGCUACGUUCAGUCGAGGCGACGUCGGCAGCUCAACAUGCAGCCCAAGAUAUAGCCUGUGAUUCAUUGCCAUGUAUGUAGGCCGCUUAGGUGUCAACGAUUUGGUUCUUUGAUUCAAUUCCUAGCUUGUUCACGUCUCGACUGAAAAUUAACAUAAAUUUGGCUUAUGUAUCUCUUCUAUAUAAAAUACAAGUUGAUUCUUAUAUAUAUUUUUU